ACAAUCGUGAUCCGCGCCUACGGUUUCUCAGUGCACUGCUCCACAUACCGCCUACGGUUUCAACCGCACCAGUGCUUGGUGCAGCUCAGCGUACAUUCCUCAUCGACUACGGUUCAUCGACAUGGCUCCGAGCACAAGUGCCUCCAAGAUCUCCUUCCGCAACGACGUGCUGAAGUACUCCGUCGCGGCGUAUGUCGUGGCGGCGGCGACCCUCAUGCCGGACGACAUGGUCAUCCUCAGCUGCGGCCUGGGGAUUGCAGCGCUCAUGCUGACGUUCAGCUUCUGGAUGGCAGGCGCAACACCCUUCGAGCGCAAGCCGCGCAAGGUGGUGGAUGAGCCCGCCGCCAUCCGGGCGCAGUCCUCCGCGGCGCCCAUGGGGGUGCAGACCGGCGCGCGCGGCGCCGGCGCGCCGCUACGCACCGCCUCGCCGGACGCGGCUCGGGCGGACGGGGGGCGCGGGGCCACGCCGACCGGCGCCCCGGGAGCCGGCGGCCCACCGGGCGCGGCGCGGGGCCGUCCAGGGGGGGGCGGCGGCACCAGCGGCAUCCGUUGGCACACGAAGAAGAUCACCGAGUUUGGCAGGAGCAAGCAGUGGGCCAGGGCACUGGACCAGCUGGCCGAGAUGGAGGCGCAGGGCCUCAAGCCAGACGUCAUCACCUACAGCGCGCUGAUCAGCGCGUGCGCGAGGGGCAAGCAGCUGGACAAGGCCAUGGAGCUCUUCCAGCGCAUGCAGCGCGAGGAGCUGCCCCUCAGCACGGUGAUCUACAACGCGCUCAUCAGCGCCUGCGAGAAGUGCAGGAGGCCAGAGACCGCCCAGCAGCUCUUCCGCUCCAUGCGCGGCAAGGGGGUCGUGCCGGACAACAUCACCUAUAACGCGCUCAUCAGCGCCUGCGAGAAGGGCGGCCAGCCAGAGAGGGCGUUCCAGGCCUUCGGCCUGAUGCAGGCGCAGGGCCUCCAGCCGGACGUCGUCACCUACAGCGCGCUGAUUAGCGCGUGCGCCAGGGGCAGGCAGCUCGACAAGGCCCUGGAGCUCUUCGGGAAGAUGCAGGAGGAGAAGCUCUCCCCCAACGUGAUCACGUUCAACGCAGUGAUUAGCGCGUGCGAGAAGGGCGGCCAGCCAGCGAUGGCCCUGGAGAUCUUCAAGUCCAUGGCCUCCGCUGGGGUCUCACCUAGCGUCAUCACGUACAGCGCGUUGAUCAGCGCUUGCGAAAAGGGCCGAAUGGCGGACAAGGCGGUCAGCCUCUUCCACGACAUGCAGGAGCAGGGGAUCCAGCCAGACGUGAUUACCUGCAGCGCCGUGAUCAGCGCGUGCGAGAAGUGCGGUGACCUGAAGCAGGCGCUAGAGACGUUCGAGGCCAUGAAGGCGCUGGGCAUCGCUCCAGACGUCAUCACCUACAACGCCAUGAUCAGCGCCUGCGAGAAGGCCGCGCAGCCACGGCGGGCGCUGAGGCUGCUGGAGGACAUGAAGCGCUCGGGCCUGAGGCCCGACGUGAUCACGUGCAACGCGACGAUCAGCGCGUGCGAGAAGGGCAGGGAGCCUCUUGAGGCGCUGAAGGUUCUUGAGACGAUGCUUGCCCGAGGGCCCCAGCCCAACUUGAUCACCUACAACGCGUGCAUCAGUGCCUGCGAGAAGGGGGGCGAGCCCGCCGAGCGGGCCCUGCAGGUGUUCGCCCGGCUCAAGGAGCAGGGCCUGCAGCCCGACGUGAUCACCAACACCGCCCUGGCCGCCGCGUGCGAGAGGGACGGCCUCGCCGCGCAGGCCGAGCGCUUCCGCGCGCUGGCGCGCAGGUGCCGCUGAGCCCCGCACGAGCGCGCCGCCGCCCGGGCCGAGAGGGCCGCCGCGCGGUUUGCGGGCACGCCCCGCCUCGCUCGUGAGCGCCGUCGGCUCGGGCGGGCGCGGCACGGGGCCGCCCCCCGGGCGCUGCGCACGCGCAGCGGCGCCGCGCGGGAGGGGGCAGCCGGGACGGCUCGGGCCCAGGGCAGUCCUGUGGGGGGCAGGGGCCGGCCCGGCUCCGAGAGCCCAGCUACGGCUCGGGCCAAGGCCAGUCCUGGAGGGGAGGGGCUGGCUGGGCUUCGAGGGGGCUGUGACGGGCCGAUUGCCCACCCCCACCACCUUGGGCAGAACGGGAGAGGGGCAAUGCCCCCCUGCUGCAGGCGGG